AUGCAAGAAGGGGCCAAUCCACACGUUCCUGUCAGAUCAAUGACCUGGCUAGCGGACCACUUUGGAGAUCGUGUGAUCAGUCGUAAAAGUGAACACAUUUGGGCUCCGCAUUCUCCUGACCUGAACCCUUUAGACUUUUUCUUGUGGGGCUAUCUGAAGGACAGGAUAUUUCAAAACCAGUUUGAAAACAUUGAAAUUAUGAAACAAGCAAUCCGUGAUGAAGUGAGAAACAUUCCGCGGAAACUGUGUUUGGGCGUCAUCGAGCAUUUCAAACGACGGGUUAAAAGAUGUUUGGAGUCCAAAGGAGGACAUGUGGAGCAUUAG